CAUCUGCGGCAUCCUCAGCGGCCACCCACUGGCCUCGAGGUUCGUUUCGACGCGUUGUUCGACUCGCAUGGGUCACCGGCGUGGCGUGAACGUGUCUUCAUCGUACGUACGUAAUCGUCGUGCUCCUCACACGAAUUAACGAUGCUAGUGCUCCUGCUCGCGAUAUGCAUCCUGUCCGGCGCGCACGCCACGAAACUCGAGCGGGUGCACGACGAGGAGCUCCUGAAUCUCAUAAAAGUCGAAAAAUACGUGAUCGUUCUAUUUAUGGCCAGCAACUGUUCAGACUGUGAUAACUAUGAGACAAAGCUGGCCCACUUGCGUGAGGAUCUCGUCGAUGCCAUAUCCACGAGGGUUGUCAAGACUGUUGAUAGUCAAUUACUCCAAUUAUAUAGCAAUGCUAAAGAACCUAUUCUACUGUUCUUCCGACAUGGGCUUCCUAUGCUGUACAACGGACCUUUGGAGGACGAGGAGAUAAUGACUACGUUUACGGAAAAUAAAGCACCCACAGUAAAGGAACUUACAGAUGAUACAUUUGAGCAUUUGACUCAAGCAAGCAGUGGUGCGACGACUGGCGACUGGUUCGUUAUGUUUUACAGCACGGACUGUGUACAAUGCUUGCGCACGAUGGCAAAGUGGGAAACGGUCGGUGCCACACUUAAACAGAGAGUAAAUGUAGCACUUGUUAAUAAAGCCACAACUGGGGUUUCCACAGCCAGGAGAUUUAACGUUUAUAAUACUCCACAAUUUAUACUUUUUAGGCAUGGCAAAAUGUAUCGGUAUGAUACAGAAACAUACGAGAUUGAUUCUUUCAUAGCAUUCGCUAAAGAAUGGUACAAAAAUAUAAGACCGGAAGAAGCACCUCCACUUCCAAGCCUCUUUGAUGAAUACGCAAAAAUAAUUUUAGCUUUUCUUUACAAUAAUCCGUGGAUACUCAAGCUAACUAGCAUUUGCAUUGGGGUGCUAGUUAUUGUUUUAGCAGCUAUUAAAUGUAUGCAAUCGGAUGAAACUCCAGAGGAUAAAGAAGACUAAAUCUGUUGCAUUUAAUUUGCCAAAAAUAUAUUACAAAUGUUUCUCUAUACAGACUAUUGUCUAGUGCUGAAAAUGCUUUUUGAUUGUACAUUAAGUUAUUGCACAUAUGUGAAAAGAGUAUAUAAUUUUAAGUUUUACAAUAUUUUAUAAAUCCACGUGUUUCUUUCAAAAUAUUUAUGAACUA